AACUGCCUUACAAGAAACGGAAGAUUCGAAGAAAGAAAAGCAAGAAACUCCAAGGGAGAACUAGUAGGAAAUCCAUAGUAUAUCAAGAAAGAUCGCCCCUUAGAAACCGUUUUGUGAGUUCUCCAUCCAAAGUAUUGACUGGAAUUUGGACCACGAAAGUUACGAAUGGCAAUGCAAGCUGGCAGUCUGAUUCAAGAUCAGAACUUCAAUGCUCGCUACAAUGUUUAACCUUCUGAAAUCUGCGGCAGUUGCUUCUAUUGGGGGAAAGAGUAAUGUAUUGAAAGCACAGAGAAAAGCGGGGCUUGGUGGAAGGAAGUCGCUUGGUGAUUUAUCGAACUCAGGGAAGCCUGCCCCUUUAAAUCAGGCAACAAAAAAGCUAAGUUCCAAAAAUCUCGCUUUUAUUGAUGAAGAUUCAGGCGUUUCCAAACAAAGAAAUGACACAAACAAAAAGAAAGGCAUCUCCAAAGUCUUUGAAACCGUGCAGGCCGGUAACAGGAAAGCUCUUUCUGACAUUUCUAACUUUGGAAAAGUACUGAAUGAGGCACCAAAGAAGAACCUUAAGAUGAAGCUUAGUGCUGUUGCAGAAGAACAACUUCAUCAACCCAAUGCUAUUGCCAAAGAACAAUUUCUACACAAUCAUCAUAAGUGCACCAAAGCACAGAGAAAGGCCAUGGACGUGGAUGAAUUUCUGAAGACAAUUGGACUAGAUAAUGGUAAUAUCGAACUUUCCACUCAUCCCAAUUACUUCGCAUUUCCUCGUGCACUACCAAUGUCAAGUAAAACGAAGAUAGAAAGCCCCCUGAAGAAGUACCAUCUUGAUUUGGAAGAGAUGGCAGAGCAAGUGAUUGAAGAUGGAGGAUCUUCUUGGAAGCAUGAGCUAUUGCCUUACAAUCCCGACUCUCCUCCUUCAUGCAAGACCCCAAAAUUGUUGACCAGCCACCCAAGUGGCAUGACUUGUACAUGCACCGUAAGGUGCAUUGUCUUGCUAGGCACCAUUCGGUGCCUUGUUUCUAUUAGGCUCCCACUCCGUAUUUUCAGCAGCUGAUUGCUGCACCGAAAUCAGCAGCUGAAGAGAACUUCUCCUAUAAAUAGGAGAGUUCUGAUCAGCAGAAAGAAGCAGUGGGUGAGUAGAAAAAUAGAGAGAAAGAGGGACGUGAGAGAGAGAUAGAAAUUUGUAGAGUGAUU